CUGGAGAGCUUGAAUUGAAGCCGAAGUUGAAUAAGCAAGUGCAGAAAGCCAUAAGAAACUCGCCCUUUUGCAAUAGCAAACUCUGUUUCCUCUUCCUGCCGAUUACAGACAUUCUUAACAUUGGCAACAGAGCUCGAAAUGCUCUGCCCCAUCAAAACCCACCUUCCGCCGCUUGUCCAUGCUACACCACCGUCGUAUUCUUGUACACUACAAGAAACUUCGAUAAUCGUACAGUUCGAGCUCCUAUGCAGAUACCAAAUUUAGCCCACAGUAACAUAGCUGAAGCUAACCCCACAUUUCUCAUCAAGACGUACGAACAUGCCUGCAGAACGAUAGUAUAAUUCCCACGUUUUUGUUCCUCAUGUUUACGAACUGCAUAGCGAAGGAAUUGCGCCAUUGCGCGCAAGUUAGAGCUUUCAGGCGAGGCAAUUCCCUUCAUGCUUAUUUGAGGAAAUUUGGGUGUUUGAACGAUGUGUUUAUUGCGAACAAUUUGAUUUCAAUGUACGCGGAGUUUUCGAAUUUACGAGAUGCAGAGAAGGUGUUUGAUGAAAUGACUGACAGAAAUAUUGUUACUUGGACCACCCUGGUUUCUGCAUAUACUGAUAGUGGAAGACCUUAUGAGGCACUCCGAGUGUUUAAUGAUAUGCCGAAAUCUGAGACGGCCAAUGGGUACAUGUAUUCCGCGGUUUUGAAGGCAUGUGGGCUUGUGGGUGAUUUGGAUCGGGGUAAGUUAAUUCAAGAAAGAAUAUAUGGGGGUAAGUUGCAGGGUGAUACUAUUUUGAUGAAUUCUCUCAUGGAUAUGUUUGUGAAAUGUGGAAGCUUGAGUGAUGCGGUUAAGGUUUUUCACAAUAUUUCACGUGCGACCACAACUACUUGGAAUAUCAUUAUUUCUGGGUAUAGUAAGGCCGGUUUGAUGGUGGAGGCUGAAAAACUUUUUCAUUGUAUGCCACAGCCAAAUGUUGUAUCUUGGAACAGCAUGAUUGCUGGCUUUGCAGACAAUGGGAGUCAGCGGGCGUUGGAAUUUGUGUCCUUGAUGCACAGAAAGGGCAUUAAGCUUGAUGAUUUCACAUUUCCAUGUGCUUUAAAGAUCAGUGCGCUUCAUGGGUUAUUAGUCAUCGGGAAACAAAUUCAUUCCUAUGUCACCAAAUUGGGGUAUGGAUCUAGUUGUUUUACACUGUCUGCUCUGAUUGAUAUGUAUUCAAAUUGCAAUGGCCUGACCGAAGCAGUCAAGUUGUUUGACCAACACUCUUCCUUCAACCCUUCCAUUUCUGAGAACCUGGCUUUGUGGAACUCGAUGCUCUCAGGAUAUGUUAUCAACAACUGUGACCAAGCUGCUUUGAAUUUGAUUUCAUACAUCCAUUGCUCGGGUACGAUGAUGGACUCUUACACCUUUGGUGGUGCUUUAAAGGUUUGCAUCAACUUAUUAAGUCCAAGGGUUGGUUUUCAAGUACAUGGUCUGAUUGUCACUUGUGGUUAUGAAUUGGAUUAUGUUGUUGGAAGCAUUCUUGUGGAUCUCUAUGCAAAACUAGGACGCAUCGACGAUGCAUUAGCACUGUUCCAUAGGCUUCCAAGGAAAGAUAUCAUAGCCUGGUCCGGUUUGAUCCUGGGGUGUGCUCAAAUGGGAUUGAACUGGUUAGCUUUCUCAAUGUUCAAAGAUAUGCUCGAGUUGGCUCAUGAAAUAGAUCAUUUUGUCAUUUCAACCACUCUGAAAGUCUGCUCCAAUUUAGCAUCUCUUAGAAGUGGAAAGCAGGUCCAUGCAUUCUGUGUCAAAAGUGGGUAUGAAAUGGAAGGGUUCACAAUAACAUCCCUUCUUGAUAUGUAUUCAAAAUGCGGUGAAAUUGAGGAUGCAUUAACAUUGUUUGAUUGUAUACAAGAAAAAGACAUAGUAACUUGGACUGGGAUCAUUGUAGGAUGUGGACAAAAUGGAAGGGCGGCAGAAGCUGUCAGGUUUUUUCAUGAGAUGAUUCAGUCAGGGCUAAAUCCUAACGAAAUCACCUUUCUAGGGGUGCUUUCUGCAUGUCGAUAUGCUGGUUUGAUCGAAGAGGCACGAAGCAUAUUUAAUUCCAUGAAAUCUAUAUAUGGACUAGAACCUCAUUUAGAGCAUUAUUGCUGCAUGGUUGAUCUUCUAGCUCUAGCUGGGCUACCUGAAGAAGCUGAAAAAUUGAUAGCAAAUAUGCCGUUUGAGCCAGAUCAGACCACAUGGCGCACUUUGCUAGGGGCGUGUGGAACUCGUAACGAUACAAAGCUUAUUAACAGUGUUGCUAGUGGCCUUCUUGAAGCCACACCAGAUGACCCUUCAACGUACGUGUCACUUUCAAAUGCUUAUGCGUCGCUGGGGAUGUGGCAUAACCUAAGCAAAGCGAGGGAGGCUGCCAAAAAGGUGGGAGUCAAAAGAGCUGGGUUAAGCUGGAUUGAGGUUGCGAGUUGAAAAAAAAAAUACUCCUUUGCUGACUGCAUGGCAGGAAAAUAUCUAUUUGUAAACCUCUCUUGGAAUGAGAGUCAUCCCAUGCAAUUGUAAAGUGAACACACACAUGAAAAGGAGAGGCCGCUCUUGGUACCAAAGUUCAAAGAGACUCGACCUUUAUGUCUAUGAGUGGAGGAGGAAUAUUCAAGUGACAUAAAGUGAUGAUGGCUGAACAACUAAUCAUGACAUCGGUCCCAGAGAGGAAAGACGGUAACUUUCAUACAUUAUUAUGGUUCUUUUCUUUACCCUUGAAAUCCAGUUUUAGACGAUCGUAAUUUUAGUUGGUUACCAGCCACAUCUUUGCAUAUGCAAAAGAUUAAAAUCAUUGAACAUUGACAAGUUGUCAAGCACUGGUUUCCUUGCAUCUUUGCUGGUUUGGAGCCUAUUCUGUAAAUGAUGUCAGUACUUUCUCGCGUUUAAAGCCCAGAAGCAGCCUUCAGACAUGAACCCACCAAGUGAAUUCAAGCCAUUAAGUCGAGCGGGACAGAAUGGAUUAUUCCAAAAACGAACAAAAUGGUUUCUGGGCCCUGGCAAGAUCCGAAGGGCUUACUGUACCCACAGUACUUCGUGAGUCUGCUAAUUCUCUACCUUUUUUGUAAUUAUAAUUAAGAUGCAUGUGAAUUUUUUGCUCUAGACGCAUUUCUCUGAGUCAUGAAGAUCAUUUUCUUGAAGUAAUUUUUAUGCUAUUGAACAUUUUCUAAAAUAUUUUGCUAUGAUAAGGUGAGACCAACCUGUAGGAUGUCAUG